UCCACCGGUAUACAUUGUCUAUUAGCCUACCAACUGACGUGUACUAAUUUAUUCUUUUCCUGUAUGUUGGCCUUUCCUAUCCCUCACAUUCUCCUUAUUUCGCACACCCUUUUCUUCAUCGUCAUUUACUCUUGUGUAUUUAUAUCUCUUCAUUUCCUAAUCCACGCACAAUCACCCCUCCUUAUUAUAUAUUCUCAUGCAAAAAUCAUAUUUUGUUUCAUGUCUUGGAUAUUAAACCUCAACAAUAAAGUACA